CCCCGGGCCGCGCCUCCCAGCCGGGCCGGAGGGGCGGCGGGGAACAGGCCGGGCGCAUUUGUGCUGAGCUGGCCGCGGAGCGCAGGGCGGAGCGCCCAGCCGGGUCCGGUCCGGCCCAGGUGAGUAAUUUUAAGUUGGAACAGGAGCAGGAAAAAAACCAAAUUUUAUCAGAAACCCUGGAGACUCUGGCUGCUGAGCAUCAUGAAUUAGAGCAGUCUCUGGUUACAGGCUCACCAUUCCUCAGCAUCCUUAGUGAAGACGAGUUCUAUGAUGCACUGUCAGAUUCUGAGUCCGAACAUUCCCUGAGUAGAUUGGAAGCAGUGACAGCACACUCCUUUGAAGAGGAAGGACAGCGUUGGGACAGUGGUGAACACAGGAUGUCCGAAGGAAAAGAUUGUGGCGGAGGAGAUGCUCUCUCCAAUGGCAUCAAAAAACACAGAACAAGCUUGCCCUCCCCUAUGUUUUCCAGAAAUGACUUCAGUAUCUGGAGCAUCCUCAGAAAAUGUAUUGGAAUGGAACUAUCCAAGAUCACCAUGCCAGUUAUAUUUAACGAGCCUUUGAGCUUCCUACAGCGACUCACUGAAUAUAUGGAGCACACAUACCUCAUCCACAAGGCCAGUUCACUUUCUGAUUCUGUGGAAAGGAUGCAGUGCGUGGCAGCGUUUGCUGUAUCUGCCGUCGCUUCUCAGUGGGAACGAACCGGAAAGCCUUUCAACCCGCUUCUGGGAGAGACUUACGAGUUAGUUCGUGAUGACCUUGGCUUCAGACUCAUCUCUGAGCAGGUCAGCCAUCACCCACCCAUUAGCGCAUUUCAUGCUGAGGGAUUAAACAAUGAUUUCAUCUUUCAUGGCUCAAUCUAUCCCAAGCUGAAGUUCUGGGGGAAGAGUGUGGAAGCAGAACCCAAAGGAACCAUCACCUUGGAGCUCCUCGAACACAAUGAAGCAUAUACAUGGACAAAUCCUACCUGCUGUGUACAUAAUAUCAUUGUGGGUAAACUGUGGAUUGAGCAGUAUGGCAACGUGGAAAUCACAAACCACAAGACUGGAGACAAAUGCGUGUUGAAUUUUAAGCCGUGUGGCCUUUUUGGUAAGGAACUACACAAAGUUGAAGGAUACAUUCAAGAUAAAAGCAAAAAGAAGCUCUGUGCACUCUAUGGGAAGUGGACUGAGUGUCUAUACAGUGUUGACCCUGCCACGUUUGAUGCUUACAAAAAAAACGAUAAGAAAAAUAUGGACGAGAAGAAGAACAGCAAACAGAUGAGUGCCUCUGAGGAGUUGGACGAGAUGCCGAUGCCAGAUUCUGAGAGUGUACUUGUUAUCCCCGGGAGUGCCCUCCUAUGGCGAAUAGCCCCACGGCCUCCCAAUUCUGCCCAGAUGUAUAAUUUUACUAGCUUUGCAAUGGUUUUGAAUGAAAUGGACAAGGAUAUGGAGAGUGUGAUACCUAAGACAGACUGCAGGUUACGGCCUGACAUCAGAGCCAUGGAAAAUGGAGAAAUAGAUCAAGCUAGUGAAGAAAAAAAACGACUUGAGGAAAAACAAAGAGCAGCCCGCAAAAACAGGUCCAAGUCCGAAGAGGACUGGCAGACAAGGUGGUUCAAUCAAGGUCCUAAUCCUUACAACGGAGCACAGGACUGGCUUUACUCUGGCAGCUACUGGGAUAGAAACUACUUCAAUUUGCCUGACAUUUAUUAAAAAAAAAAUGCAGAAGAAUGAGGGCAUUUGGCUAAUCUACAAAUGUCUUAAACUUAUGUUUUUAAAUUCCUCUCCUUGGUUUCUACUCAUCUUUUAAAAAAAGAAAAACCUGCUCAUGAGAUAACUUGCAUUUCAUCCAACAAAAAUAGGGUGUAAGGUGGUAUUAGUGAUGAAAGUCUUAGAAAAAAUGGGUGAUUUUGCCAUCCCAACAUACUUGUUUGGAUAUUGUUUUAUAGAGGUAGGAGAAACUGCUGGGGAACAUGCUUUUUACAGCUGCUGUUGUCAUACUUACCGAGGGUUUAUGCCUAAGUGUAACUUUAGCUUUAUGGAAUUAUAUAGUAAUCCCAAAUCAGGUUAUUUUGAAUAUUUUUAUGCUGUCAUGCUUGAAUGUUUUAGAUGUAACCUUGAAAUGUUUAUAUAGUUCUCCUAUAUAAAGUUCAUGUGCUCAAAUGUAGAGAGGUUGUCAUUUUGUAAAGACUGUAUUAAAAGAUGGUUUUGUCAUACUAAUCUUAAUUUUACUGCACUUCCAAAAAGAAUCAAAUGCCUGAAUAUUUCAUGAUUUGAAAAUUCUAAACCAACCUAUAUUUUGCUUAUUUUAAUGCUCUGAAUUUACUUUAAAAUUUUUGUGAUGUCAUUAGUACUAAAAGGUGUUUGAAUUGAAAAUAUACAUAUAUAAUCUAGCAAUUCACAAAAAUGUCCUAGAAAUACAGAUUUUAAUCAACAUCAUGACAUGACAAACUUUUGAAAUGCUUCCAGUGGCAAAUGCCAGCAGAGCGGUUGAGUUGUACUCAUGUAUUAUAAAUACCAAACUAUGUAAGAGAUCAUCUUGUGCACUGCAAGUUUGCAAGGUACCUGUGUACUUAAAAUAUAUAUGGAGACCUACUGUACAGUAGCUUUGCCCCUUUAAUUGGGGCACAUUAAUCUUGUAUUUAUCCACCCGACCCCAGACUGAGAUGCUGCUCCAAGGAGUCUUAGGUAGCUGCCAGUAAAUUAUUUUAAUUGCUGUGAAGUUAACAAGUGUUAUAAUGAAACAGUGUACCUGAUGCUAAAUAAA